GAGAGAGGCCGUCGGGUACAGAGUGGGGGUUACCACAGGACACUCGUGUACCGCUGCUGGACCUCAGCUACUAGCAACAAGCAGCGCUCCUGACUGCCUCGGAUUAUCUCUCCAGCUUUCCUCACCUCUGGAUAUUCUGCUCUUUACAUAUACAGCAGCAACUUCAAAGUCCCACACCGCUCACAUUUGCAGAAUUAAUGUGUCGGCUCUGGGCUUUUUUUCGUUUUUUUGCGUAUUUUUGCUUUUAAUGCGUGCACUCUCUAAACCGGAGCGAGCGACGCACCAACCGACCGGACCGAUUUACUUUAAGGCUUUGGUUACAUUCAUUGACAGCGUGCGUGGAUUUCAGGACAGAGUGUACUGGCUGUGACAUUACGGAGCACAAUGUCGGUGAAAAAGACUUCACCUGGGUGGCUUCAGGGGCAAGUUGUAUGACACGAUAUAUUUAGCCUAAUAGAAAAUAGGAGCUGUGGAUCAGCGGACGCAGGCGGCAGCCCACACUCACUAUGAAGUAAAACAUGACACACGACUGUGUGACGGUGCGAGAGGCGACUGGAGCGACAGUGUUUCUCUCCCCUGGCUUUUAGUCUUUUCGUCUUUUCAGGGCUUCGAGGUAGCAGCGGCACUUGGGUUGUUAGCACUUGUAGCAUUUGGACUGUAGCGAUGUUUAAUUUGUGAAAGAGACACAAAAGAAUACAUGAAUAACAUCACAAAAGACGGCAAAGUUUGACUGUUAACUACGUUUGUCCGAAGCCUGAAAGGUCACCGGGAAUCCUCCUCCUCCUCCUCUGGCUCCUAUCAGUCUGUUAUGAAGAUGUGAACUCUUCCUUCCCUCCGCUCCUCUUUCUCUCAUCGCCGUCCAGGACGCUUUGAUCUUCUCCCCCCCUCCCUCUAUUUACCACACAGAGACCACAUCCCGACUCCCGCCUCUCGGAGAUGUACGAAAGCGUGGAUGUUGUGGGUUUAAGCCCAAGCCCCAGCAGCCCAAGCACGGGCUCUUUUCUAAGCAUGGACUACUACCACAGACCCCCGGGGCUCGGGCCGGAGAAGGGACUCUUGUCCGUUGUAGGAGGACUCCAGCGCCCCUUUGGAGGGUCUCUGCUGACCGGCAGGCACUGGAGCGGAUCCAGCCACUCCAUAGAGACCGAGAGCACGAGCUCAGGGGAGGACCUGCUUGUCCCCAGUCCUCCCUCACCUCCUCCACCACCUCGUAUCUACAAACCCUGCUUUGUCUGCCAGGACAAAUCAUCAGGAUACCAUUAUGGAGUCAGCGCCUGCGAAGGCUGCAAGGGUUUCUUUCGGAGGAGCAUCCAGAAGAACAUGGUGUACACGUGCCACCGGGACAAAGUCUGUGUCAUCAACAAAGUGACGAGGAACCGGUGUCAGUCAUGUCGACUGCAGAAGUGCCUGGAUGUGGGCAUGUCUAAAGAGCUGGUGCGAAAUGACCGAACAAAGAAGAAGAAGGAAGAGAAGAAGCAGCCCGACACAGAGCUCUACGUCCUGUCAGCAGACAUGGAGCAGAUGAUCGAACGAGUUCGCCGGGCCCAUCAGGAUACAUUCCCCUCCCUCUGUCAGCUGGGAAAAUACACCACGAGCAACAGCUCGGAGCAGCGCGUGGCUCUGGAUGUGAGUCUCUGGGACAAGUUCAGCGAACUGUCUACCAAAUGCAUUAUUAAGACAGUGGAGUUUGCUAAGCAGCUCCCAGGUUUCACCACCCUAACCAUCGCUGAUCAGAUCACGCUGCUCAAAGCCGCAUGCCUCGACAUACUGAUUCUGAGGAUCUGCACCCGCUACACUCCAGACCAGGACACCAUGACCUUCUCCGACGGCCUCACCCUCAAUCGUACUCAGAUGCACAACGCCGGGUUCGGACCGCUCACAGACCUGGUGUUCGCCUUUGCCAACCAGCUGCUCCCGCUGGAAAUGGAUGAUGCAGAAACGGGGUUACUCAGUGCCAUCUGCCUGCUCUGUGGAGAUCGUCAGGAUCUGGAGGAAUCAGAGAAGGUGGAUAUUCUUCAGGAGCCGAUGCUCGAAGCUUUGAAGCUCUAUGUGAGGAGGAGGCGGCCUGACAAACCCUGCAUGUUCCCCAAGAUACUGAUGAAGAUUACUGACCUCAGGAGCAUCAGUGUUAAAGGAGCAGAGCGAGUGAUCACACUGAAAAUGGAGAUCCCUGGCUCCAUGCCUCCUCUCAUCCAGGAGAUGCUGGAGAACUCUGAGGGACUGGAGGGGCACGGAGCAGGGGGAGGAAAAGGAAGAGGAGGAGCCAGGAGGGAGGUGGAAGAAGAACCGGGAAGCUGCCGUUCGAGUCCGAUGCACAAACCGGUCCAUUUUCCCAGCCCGAGCCCCGUUCCCCGCUCCCCCUCCUCUCCUUCCCCUCCCUCCACCUGAGGCUCCACAAUCUGCAAACGGCAGUAGAGGAACUUGAGCAGAGCAUCUUGCUCCAGGAACUUUCUGGGUUGUUGGUGACCUGCUUGGACUGCUUGUGUUGACAAAUCAUGGUUCUUGAUGUUAAAUGCAAAAAAGCCAACACAUUUCUUUUUAAUGAUGUAUAAAAAGCUGAUGACAUGGACAGACCGAACAGAAUUCCUCGUGAAUCAGAUUUCCUUCAGUGCAAAAAGUCACGUGCUGUAUAGUUGGGAGAAUUAUUGUGUGUAAUAUAGUGUAUAUAUCAAAGGCUGUGAAAAAAGAAGAAGCUGAGACUGAGACAGGCUGAUACAAGAGGUUAUUUUCCUAACUGUACAUAUGUAAAUACUGUAUUUUUCCCAGCACAGCUAACCAGCCUUCACCUCACCAACACAAAUACACUUCACCUCCUCUCUUCUUACCGCUCACAAGGAUAAAUAAAAAUCUUGGAGACUUUGUAGAUCAUCAUCAUCAACUUUGGAUUAUUUUCAGAUUCAAGUCCAGCAAAUUAAAGUAGCUUCAACAAACUGUGAAACACAUGAAAUUAGUUUUAUAUAAUAAUAACCUGU